UUCGUCACAUGACUGCUGUCUUGUGACACGCCAGACAGCAGAGUAACGAUUUUUGAGUUUGUUAAAGGAGUUUUAGUCACUGUUGUCCAUUUUCUCUUCAGCCUGAGAGAAAUCGACUCAGGGUCGUUAUGGCGGUUCUUUAGAGUAAAUCCGCACGUUCCCUAACCGUCAUUCCUCCCUCGAGUCUGAGAGAUUUGAGGGCGCUUUAGGUCUUACAGUCGGGCGACAAAGUUGGCGCAUGGAGGACGGUGAAGUUACGGUUUCCUUCGUCGUGUUUUCUUCACGAAAAGCGAAGAAAGAGUCCACGGUCGUCUGUUAAACGCGUUAUUAAUAUUCACGUUAAUACCCGCGAACAGGACGCCUCCCGUCGGUCUUUUUGGAAAUGGAUAAUAAACCUCUUCUACAGGACAGACCCCCAGCGUACAACGCCGUUCCCGGGGCUUAUGAGUACGGGGCCAUCCCGUCGCCCGCUCCCGCGCCUCCGCCCUAUCACUACCCACCACCGCCCGGCCAAGCCUUCCCAGCACCUGCUGCCCCAGCCGCUGCCAUCGGCCAGCAACCAAACUGUACCAGCACGUACACUAUCGUCCAGCCCUCUGUAGUGGUGGUGGGAGGAUGCCCAGCCUGCAGGGUGGGGGUGCUGGAGGAUGACUUCACCUGUCUGGGGAUCAUGUGUGCCAUUCUGUUCUUUCCCCUGGGCAUCCUCUUCUGCCUGGCCCUGCGGCAGAGGAGGUGUCCCAACUGCGGAGCCACAUUUGGCUAGAGGGACCACGCUGCAGCCACCAUUCGGGGCCCAAUGACCAUCGCUUUUUUCUUCUUUUUUAAUUCAUAUUUUAUGCAUCAAUGUUGUUAAAAAAAAGUAAUAAUUGCACAUCUUAUGUACUUUGAUAGUCCAAAUCUUGAUAAUGAACAGCCGCAUGGUUCCUUUUUCUUUUUCUUCUUCAAGACUUAGUGACCGUGAAAAAAAACAAUUUAAGUUUUCGCUUUUUUCUCCCACCUCUAAAGACUGUUGAUUUUGUUGAGCAUUUUCUUUAUUUGACCAUGCAGGCGAGACCUCUGUCAUCCAAUCACCGGUGCCUUUAAGAUGGCCACUACUUAGAACUGUAGGCUACCGAAGCAUGGAGACCAUAAAAGAACUUGGCAAGGAAAGAAAAACAGAGAUCAUGAUCACCCUUUGAACUGCUAAGGUGACUCAACCUGAGUGAAAUCCUGUUUAUAAAUGACAGAAAGACUUUGCUGAUGCUUCGUUUUAAUCACACCACACUUUUCUGGUCUUUUUCCUUGUACCGAUGGGGAUUUCCUCUCUGUAUUUGCAAGAGAUGAGAAUGUAAGCUGCCUGGUGCUUUUGCUUGUGUACGGAAGGAAAUCAGUGCCACGUUUUAUCUAAUCAGCCUUGUUCACAGUGCUGAGCAUGUUCUCCACCCAAUUUUAAAUCAUGUGAUCCUGCUUCUAGAAGACCAAACCACCUCCUCUCCCUUCUCCUCAACAGGUUCUUCAGGCCUGUAGAAGUACAUUUAACCAUUACCUUCAUACUGAGCUCAUUCUUUCUAGCUCAGUACACACUGUGGAAUUUGUAAGUUGGGGAUAUUUACAUCUCAGCUAAGAACAUCAGUCUUUUGAGAAACAGCCUGCUGUCUGUUAUUUGAUAAACCAUGUUCUGAUUAGCACUGCGCUAUUGAUCAGUGUUAGGUGGUAAUUUUUUAUUUUUUUUUUUAAGUUUAACUCUAGUUAAUUUAAUUGAUCUCCUUCAUAGGCAAGUAAUUGACCUUUCCAUGCUCUGCCCACAGAAGUGUUCUUUUGUAGCUGCUGGUUUAGGCACACUUUCCAGAAUAUGGGCAAAAAUUUGAUUCACUGUAUUUACAUUUUUUGUAAGUACCAAACUACCUAAACUUGGAGUGCACUGUUCAAGUUAUGUUUAUUUUGUAUGCUUGUGAAAGGGCACUCUUAGGAUAGAGUGGGCGUAGUUUUGUGUAAUAAAGCUCAGUUUAGCAUAGUAGCAAAUUUGGUAUCAUUUCUGCUUGUUUAGUUUUGACUAGCUAUAAUUAUUCAGUUCAGCCCAGUAGUGGAACAUUUUAAACAAGAAAAUUUACUGGUGUAGUGUGACUCUUAACAAAGAUAGCAAAGAAUGAUAUUUUUGCCAACAUGCUUGUUAAUCAUUGCAAUAGGUGCUGCAAACAGACUCACUUGUGGGCAGAACAUGGAUAGAGGUCAGCUGGGUAGAACUGUCUAGAGCCGCAGUCUUCAAAUCCAGACCUUGAAUCUAGUUUCUCGUCCUGUAUUUUGUAAUCAUUGCUAGUUAACAGAACUGUUAUUGUUACUGAUUGUCCAAAUAUUGUCUUGUCUACCAAUGAUUAUAAACUCCCCAACUGGAAACUGCACUUAAGGUCUGGAUCUAAAGACCUCUGAUCUAGAAUGUAGAUCUUUUCGUUUGACCCAGAGAACGGAUACUGUGUUGCUGAAGUCUGCUACAAUACUAUCUUUACUCUCCCAGUGAAAGACAAUCAGUCUAUAAUGAAUGUCCCUCUGUGCACCUGUGAUUUUUCCAGUUAUUGCAGAAUGUCAUGUCUUUGCCACCAUUCUUUCCUGAUGUAAUUAAACAUAGUCGAGGGUAUUUGAUUUGCUUUAGAACACUACGCACGCUGUAAUGAUAGGUUCAGACUUUUUAUAUGAGAGAUAAUGUAAAUAAAAUUCUAUGAAUGCGG